AGAGCCGGCUCUGCGGUCGACACACUAUUUGUUUAAAUUAUUACAAUUUGUAUCCAAAGUCCUAUUUUUAAUACACACGUAUUUACAAACGUAAUCAUUUAGUUCAAAUUUGAUGUAACGCGUUGUUCAAACACACGCGCAUCGCAAUAACGCUAAUAUAGAAUCAAAUUGGAAUAUUAUUGUACAAUUCUGAAUGAACGUAUUAGUUAGAUAAUAUAUCAGUGCUAUCGAUUACAUGAGUGAUAAGCGACUUAAGUCCACUGUGUAAGUGUCAGAGAUAUAAGAAUGAGGUUAAGACAAUCGGCGUUAUUUAAAACAAGUAAAUAAAGAGAACUGUUCCUCAAGAAUAUAGUAGAAGGAAAGAUAAAAGGAAAGAGAGGGAGAGGAAGACCUAUGAGAAACUAUUUCAAACAAACAAAAGAAAAGGUUCAGGUCGUGUAGUACCAGAAGGUGAAGGAGUUGGCAGAUGACCGGACGAGUUGGAGAUUGCUCCACCGACAAGAGCACAGCUCUUAAGUUUGAAGAGGAAGAAGAGAAAUAAGACUUAUCAAAUUCUUUGACCGAGAAACAUGAGAUAUUCGAAGAAUCUCGUAUUAUUUUCGUUAUUCGCGGUGAAUUUGGUGGACCAACCAGCUCCUGAGGUGGAGAUCGCACAAGGCAGACUGAGUGGAAAGGUCAGCGAUGACGGAUCAUACUUCGAGUAUGUCGGGAUUCCGUACGCGACGACCAAUCACAGCACUCGGUUUCAAGCACCUGGACCGCCACCAACAUGGAAGGGCACUUUCAAAGCCACAGACCACAUUUACAUGUGCCCACAGAACUCCAAGUUUGGCAGAGUUGGCAGAGAGGACUGUCUCACGAUAAAUGUCUACGUCCCUACUAUGCCUGCGCAAGAGGGACCCAUGCCCGUCAUGGUCUACAUCCACGGCGGAGCCUUUGCUCUAGGCAGCGGAGGCAAAUUUGUCUACGGACCAGAUUAUCUAGUUAAACAUGAUGUUAUCAUAGUUACGUUUAACUACAGAUUAGGCGCACUAGGCUUCAUGUGUUUAAAUAUAAAAGAAGCGCCUGGAAACGCUGGUUUGAAAGACCAGCUGGCGGCUUUGAGGUGGGUAAAAAAAAAUAUCGCCGCGUUCGGCGGCGACCCUGACAAUGUGACUGCAUUCGGUGAAAGCGCUGGAGCUACCUCUUUGUCUAUACUUAUAGCAAGCGACGCAGCUGAUGGCCUGUUCCAGAAAGCUAUCAUACAAAGCGGAUCGUCUAUAGCCAACUGGGCAAUUAAUAGAAAGCCAGUGUGGGUAUACAGCCUCAUAGCCAAACAGUUGGGAUAUGAUACGCAAGACCCGCACGAGCUGUACAAUAUAUUCAAAGACCUACCUGUAAAGGACUUCCUCAGGACCAGACCGAGGAAACCUUUAGACAAGUUCUUUGACACGCAACUAUUGCAUUUACCAUGCGUAGAAAAACCAUUUCCUGGAAUAGAACCUAUAAUAACAGAUAUGCCUUUUAAUAUGCUUGAAAGGAAGAAACUGAAUAUAUCUGUAAUUUAUGGAUCCAAUAGUAAAGAAGGUUUAUUUCUAAUAGGCGAAGAGACGCCUGCAACUGUCAAUGAAAGGAAUGGGCGGUAUUUAUUCGCUUCUGAUUUAGAAUUUAAAACAGAACAAGAAGCUGAAAAAGCGGCGAAAGAAGUCAAAGAAUUUUACUUCGGAGAGGAGACUAUCGAUAUGACAAAAAUACUAAACAUGUCAGAUCUUUAUACUCAUCUGUACUUUGAAAUGCCGUCGUUGAUUGAAAGUGAAGUUGUAAUCAAAACUACAAAUAAACCUGUUUAUAAUUACUAUUUCGAUUAUGGCGGCAACAGAAAUGUUCUGAAAGUCGUCUCUGGCUAUCGGAGCGCUGGAGGUGCCUGCCAUGCCGAUGAGUUAUUCUAUUUAUUUAAAACAGACUUUUGGCCAAAUUUUGUGGAGAUUUGGAACAGAAAGGAUUCAAAAACAAUAGAUACAAUGACUAAAUUAUGGACCAAUUUUGCUAGAUAUGGGAACCCAACGCCAGAAUCCGUCACGGAUCUCCCACAAUGGUCCCCGAGCUCUCGAGAGGGGUUAAAACUACUCUAUAUAGGGGAAGAGGUCAAAAUGGGCCCAGUGCCUAACCCUGAGGCCUACGAAAUGUGGCGACGAACAUUUUUGACCUAUCGACGAAAAAAGGUAGACAAUUGAUUAGUAAAUUAUUUAUUUCUUACUAA